GCCACCCCGCACCCCCAGACCCGCUCCCGAGCGUCGAGUGACGGUGGUGUGACGCCGGAAGCUUCGCAGCGAGCCGGGUCCAUAGGGGCUCUCGCACCGCGUUGGUGACACCCAGUGACCGUCGGUGAUCGGCGGGUAAUCCAGGCGUGACCUAAAGCUGGACAGUGAGGCGCUCUUCAGGGAGACUGCCUUGAGGUUGGCUCGAGCCUCCGAUCUCCUUUUCUGGUGUGCUAACUGACCCCUGGUCAGUCGCUCGCCAGGGAAGGCCGAAAGCGGCGAGGCAGGACAGUGCUGUGACCGAAGUCGAGUCGCGAUGGGAGCUGGCACGGUGGUGUGCGUUCGCGGCUGUGCUGUGGCUUUGGUAAUGCUGGCCGUGGCUGUGACUGGAGUCAGUUUUCCCGGAGUCAGGAACAAGUCCUUCCGCAGCAAUUCAGUGUGCGACAGCUGCGUGGAUGAAAAAGGAUCAUCUGCCUUGGACCGAUGGAAAAUGCCGGUCCAAACCCUAGGAAGGAAGCAAUACUACCUUGGGAUCUUCUUCAAGGCCAACUGGUACCGGGCGAUGCAGUACUGCCGGUACCACAACAUGCACCUGGCCAGCAUAGAGAGCGCAGAGGAGAACGACGAGUUGGAGCAGCUCAUCAAGGACAACAGUUUCGGUCACGAACAUUUCUGGAUAUCGGGCACGGACCAGGGCGAGGAGGGCCGCUUCUUCUGGAUCUCCAGUGGCCGACCCAUCACCUUCACCAACUGGAACGCCGGCGAACCCAACAACUUCGAGUACGAGAACGGCGAGCUGGAGCACUGCAUGGAGCUCUGGGACCGCGACGGGAAGGGCAUGAAGUGGAACGACUCGCCGUGCUCGUUUGAGACCUAUUUCGUGUGCCAGGUGAACCCGUGACCCAGCGCCCAACUCCUGACCGCCAGGGUCACGGGGUCGUGGACAUCAAUGCCUGCCGGCAGAUGAAUUGGCUUCGUGCAAGGCGGAGUCGUGACGAUGGAUUUUGCGCAAUAUUUUGCAUCAGGGACCGCAUAGUGUGCAUCAGUAUUGGAUAGUCGAUCGCCGGAUGGCAGCUGGAUGAUGCAGCUCACGAUAUGAAAUGCCGUUUUUACAAAUAGUUAUGGGUAUAGCUUAUGCCACUGCUGUUAGCAUCUCACUAUUUAGCUUCAGUCGAGCUGAUUUCACUGGUGCAUCCAUCACCUACUACGAUGAUUGUACCCGACACGUGAUGACCGCUUCUUGAAAGAAGUCUUGAGCUUCCCCACUUGCAAUAUGAAGAGUAGGUCUUGAAAACCAUGACGCAAUCACUGAAGAAUCGCCUCGAAUGUCGUCAUUGCAAUCACUGACGCCAGAACUGGCAUUGCCACUUACGUACGCUUGCUUUUCUCGAGCCUUGAGAGGCGGCACGAGCUGAAGAAUGUUGGCACUCGGUCUGCUUUGGCAGCCACUUACAUGUGGAGUUUGACUCGGAGGAAAAGGUGGCGGCAAUUGCUAUCCGAAAGAUGGCAGCAUACCCUAAUGGUGAUCGCACAUGUCAAAUGGGGCAACAAAAACAGCAGUCUAAAUACCCUCUAACCUAGAAUUUUACCACACACCACACAGCUUACAAAGGCAUGAGCUGAUUGAAGAACCAAUAUAAACACAAUUAAUGCUUAUCUCACGUCUCAACGAGAGACAAAACAAGAGUACACCUCCGUCACAUCGUGCCCCCAGAUGAAGAUGGUGAAUGUCAUGUGUAUGUAUGUUUAUGUACAAGUUUGUGAACGAAAGAAGCAUUUGAGACAUGGUAUGAUAGACAUCGAUUUACCAUGUAAGUUGGUCAGUGCAGCUGGGAGGAACAUUACAAAUCCAUUAGAGCACUUCCCAUGGCCCUAUUCUGGUCUUAUCCAAAUCUAUGUAAGGGGCUAAAUGCACCUGCGAGAAACAUCACGCAUACAUAAGAUCGUUUUUCUUGGCACUUUCUUGUUAGACUUAAGAAUAACCGAAAAGUCAGUUCUGUCCACAAAUUCCUGUUUGCGCCAGCAGGAGCAAUGCUAAGAAGUGCUCUCAAUACACUACAAAAUAACAGUGUAUUGGCAUUUCGAUAAUAUGUCUAUGUCAAAACCGUAAUAAUGCAAUAUUUCAAUGUGCAUAUAUUUGAAAUCCCAAAGCAAUUCGGACCUCAUUUCUAAACAUUUCUAAGCGAGGCACAUUUUUAGCAGAUUGCCUUCAGGUCAUCAAUAUGGUGCUCUCUAGAAAGCGUGACUAACUAUUUAAAACGUUGUUUGAAAAAACCGAACAGGAAACACAGGUAGGUUUAAAGCCAACGCUCAUUCACCUAUUACGCCAUGAAUUCGGGCCAAGACCCGUAACUGGAAUAUCAACACAUUAUCAUUUGGUACUUUGUUUGCUACCAACAAGUAAGACGCUAGUAGAAGUACUCAUGUGGGUUAAUUGCCACUAGUGUUGUGUUACAUCAUGUUUGGCAUGCUUUCUUGCUUCUCACACAACGUUUUUGCCACCAUCGCCGCUGAAUAUGAUUAAUCUAUGAUGAUUUCUCCCAACAUAACGUGACUCAGCCAUACCUGGCAACCGAGGCAGGUGUAUAUUUUUUUAUUAUCACGUGGCGUGCAAACUUAAGCGGUUGCGCCUGCACGUAGGAAACCAAACGUAACCGCGCGCAAUGUAUACAUGUGUGAAUUCCGUUGCAUGUUUGCUGUAUUUUCCUUCAUCAAAUCAGACAGGUACAAGCGGAACGCGGUAUGAGUGAAACAACAACAGCUGGGAAUAUUUCGGAGAACAACUUGCCAGCGGGCUCUGCACCGUCGCGCGCACCGGGCCACAAAUGUAAUACGUACGCUCCAGGCGUGCUGCUAUCGGAUUCAGAGUAGCAUACUCACACGGUCGACACAUGAGGGCGUAGUGUUUAGCAAUCCCUAGUGCAAGCCUCGAAGCGCUUGGCAACUAUCUUCAAGCUUUCCAACAUCCCUUUACCAGACCGUUUCACCAAUGCAGCUGAAGAGAGCCCCAUGACCCAAAUCUCACACCCUGCCAGUUAGGCGGUGGGUGGGGCCUUGCCGUGGUGGUGCGUGUACCGGCCCCAGCAGGAGCCUCUGCGCAAGUCGGACCCUUCGACGACGUUCCUAGCAAAGCGUUGCGGUCUGUGGAGAAAAGUCGGUCUGCGGUCCAGCUUUGACCGACUGUUUGAAACACUACCUCUGGGACCGUUGUGUUGAACUGAAACAUUGUGCGCCAUUGAGCCAUCGUUUCAAAUCAUAUUUCCAUGAGCGACGUGAGGAAGGAUGAAAACCGAUGGAACGCUGACGUCGGAGGGCUUGUUUCGGGUGGUGAGCCUUGGACCAGACUUUUGCAAUAUCAUUUGACUGAGUCAGAUCGUGACAUCCGUGUUGUGUGAAAGGUGGCCGCGCUCCUGAAUGUACUUGCAUGAUGGUUCGAUGCUGGGUACACAUGUGGGAACAAUGCUUGUAACAAUUAAUGUGCUCAAUAUACGCAUAAGGCGACGG